CUAUCGCCCGCACGAUUCUCUGGCACGAGUGGUCUGUUUGUUGCGGGCGGGCAGGAGCCGACCUGCGCGGCUGCGGCUCCCUCCCGCGGCCGCCUCUCCCUCCCGCGCGCGCGCCCCUGGACCGCAGGGCGACUCCCGCGUGGGCAGCGGCUCCGACAUGGGCGGCUCGAGCAACGGGACCCUGCUCCGCGCCGUGGUGCGGCGCUUCACCACGGCCCACGCGAGAUGCUUCCAGGUGCCUUACGCUGCGGCGUCCGGGAGCGGCCCGCAGGCUGCGCUGGAGCUGGCGCGGGGGCGUUUCGACGUGUACUUCCACCGCACCACCUCGGUCGGCGCUGCUAGCAGCUUCCGGGACGAAAGUCUGGACGUCGUGUACAUCGACGCCGACCACAAGUGGUGGAGCGUCGACAUUGCGGCCUGGUGGCCGAAGGCGCGCGGGGGGGUGCGUGGGGCCCGCGGCUUUCCACCUCAACGCGCUGAUGGAGCGCGAGGGCGACCCCGUGGGCGACUCCAACGACGUGCCCCUGGCUGUCCUCGCCUUCUUCCGGGCGCCGCUGGAGGUGACCCUGCACACCGGUUUCGUGUGGUCCGUGGAGAAGCCUCCCGUCGGGCCGAAGGGCGGCGUGGAUCCGGCGAGGCUGUGCGCGCUGCUGCGGGACCGCAUGGCCCCGCACUGGGACUUCGAGAUCUGCGGCCUGGCGAGGCGUUUUCGCCCUCGGGGAGCCGUGUGGCGCGAGCCCCCAACCCGUGAGGGCAGGGGCAUCCUGAAUCGAGUCACAAUUCUUCAGGCGGCGUGCUGCCACUCACAGCCCGGCAUCCUGAACCGUGUCACGCUACUUCAGGCAGGCGGCAUGCUACCGCCCACAGCCCGGGAAGCCUGCCCUGGCUCUUCGUCUCACGUGGGAAGUCCGUGA